AUGAGGUUCCGCACACACCCGAUCGCCAUCGUAGCCGACAUCGAGAAGAUGUACCGACAGAUUCAGCUGCAUCCCAAGGACCGACCGCUUCAACGCAUUCUCUGGCGUUCCAACCGCGACGAUCCGCUCAUAUCGUACGAGCUCCAAACCGUUACGUACGGUUUUGCAUCCGCGCCAUUCCUGGCAACUCGCACCCUCCUACAAGUUACACAGGACGAAGGCGACAAGUACCCCGCCUCCGUAGAUGCUGUGAAGCAGGAUUUUUACGUCGAUGACUUUUUAUCGGGAGCUGACGAUGUCCAAUCCGCAAUCCGCCUUCGCCAAGAAGUUUCCGCCAUGCUUACGUCAGCUGGCCUUCCGUUAAAGAAGUGGGCAUCCAAUUCCUCCGAAGUCCUUGCGCAAGUCCCGCAAGAAGAUCUCGCUCUACUACCACUGCAUGAUCUCCAGGACGAACAAUCCAUAUCCACCUUAGGACUCGUUUGGGAGCCGAAGUCCGAUACGAUGCGCUUCAAGGUCCAGUUGCCGUUACCAGCACCCGUCCUGACCAAAAGGAAGGUCAUGUCCUACAUUGCGCAGAUCUUCGACCCACUAGGGCUAGUUGGCCCGACAAUCACCGUAGCGAAGCUGUUCAUGCAGCGCCUGUGGGCAUUGAAGACCGACGCAGGAGAUUCAUACGAGUGGGAUCGUCCGCUGCCUCCGCGUCUACAAGGCGAAUGGAAGGAAUUCCAUGGUACGCUAGAUGCAAUCUCCAAAAUCCGCAUUCCCAGAUUCGUGUCGCAGAUCAAGACCGAAACCAUCCAGCUGCACUUUUUCUCCGAUGCUUCAGAGAAGGCAUAUGGUGCAUGCUGCUACGUCCGUUCUGAGUCAGCUGCAGGGAUUCGUGUUCAGCUGCUAACGUCAAAAUCCAAGGUCGCACCGUUAGCCACCUGCCAAUCGAUUGCGCGCCUAGAGUUGUGUGCCGCUGUGUUGUCGGUUAGCCUAUAUGAGAAGGUGAUGAAGUCCCUUAAGACAUCGUGCGAAGUGUUCUUCUGGGUUGAUUCGACGAUAGUCCUCUACUGGCUACAAUCGUGCCCGUCGCGCUGGAAAACGUUCGUGGCAAACCGAGUGUCCACAGUCCAAUCCUCUACCGCAUCUUGUUCCUGGCAGCACGUUCCCGGAGAAUCCAACCCAGCAGACCUUAUAUCACGAGGUGUCAAUCCAACCGAUAUCGUGAACCUCGAGUUUUGGUGGAUAGGACCGCAAUGGUUAGGGGUUUUGCCACACCAUUGGCCACGCACUGUGCUGCCAGCGUUCGAUUUAUCCACAAUGCCAGAGAGCAAAAGCAAUGUCGCCGUGAUGUCGGUAACGGUAGCCGAACCAUCGUUUUCCGCUCGACUGUUCAGUCGCUACUCCAGCUUUACAAAGCUACGACGUUCCAUCGCGUAUUGGAUGCGAUAUUUCCGCUCUCUACGAGCUGCCGUGCAGAAAACCAAGCCAGAGCCGUUUGACUCGCUUUCAACGGCCGAUCUACGCGAGGCUGAUUUAGCCUUGUGUCGUGUAGCCCAACGGGAGAUGUUCUCCAAGGAGCUCUCUAAAAUAACCAGACGUGAACCCCUUCCCGCAUCGUUAAAGGUGUUGAAACCGACGAUGUAUAAAGAUGGCGUUAUUCGAGUCGGUGGGAGACUCAAAUACGCCGUAGUUUCGGAAGAAAUGAAACACCCGAUAAUGCUGCUUGCGAAGCAUCCGCUGUCCGUGUUGUUGACCGAGUACUACCACAGCAAUCUGCUACAUGCAGGACCACAACUGACGCUAACUACACUGCGUCAGAAGUACUGGGUGAUUGGAGGACGCGACCUCGUUCGCCGCACGUACCAUCAGUGCCACACGUGUUUUCGCAGCAAGCCCCGUUUGAUCCAGCAAACCGUAGCAGACCUGCCGUCCUCGCGAGUCUCGCCAACUCCGUAUGCGGUGUAG